AUAUCCCAAGAUGCAGUUGUGCAGGUGGGCCGGCAGCUGGAGAUCACACCUACCAGGACAGUCUGCAGGACCGGAGAUUGAGGAUUCCUUUGACUUUCUUUUUAAAAUCAUCCUCAUUGGGGACUCGGAUGUGGGGAAGACGUGCGUGGUUCAGAGAUUCAAAUCUGGCAUUUUCAUCGAAAAGCAGCAAAACACCAUCGGGGUCGACUUUACUGUUCGUACCUUGGACAUCGAUGGCAAGAAAAUCAAGAUGCAGGUGUGGGACACAGCCGGACAGGAGCGUUUCCGUACCAUAACACAGAGCUACUACCGCAGUGCACAUGGGGCGAUGGUGGCCUACGACAUCAGCCGCCGCAACACGUUUGAAUCCGUCCCCCACUGGAUCAGGGAGGUGGAGCAGUACGGAGCUUCCAGCGUGGUCCUGAUACUCAUAGGUAAUAAGUCCGACCUCCUGGAUCAGCGGCAGGUGUUGUUCGAGGACGCCUGCACUCUGGCAGAAAACAACGGUGUCCUCGCUGCUCUAGAAACCUCAGCCAAGGAGGCCCAGAACGUGGAUACGGCAUUCAACCUCAUGGCCCGGGAGCUGCUGGCACGCAACGGCAUGCCGAUGGUGGACGAGGCUUCUCAAGACCCGUCUCAGUUCAUGCUGAAUAACAGCUCUCACCCUGUGUUUGGUACUGGGUCUUCAGAUAAAAAGUGUGGGUGCUGAGCGGACUGAGAGAGGAAUGUGUAGAUUAAGAAUUGUCUGAAAAAAUUGUGACGGCAGCCUGAAAACUAAAUGUAUGUUUAAAACAAAAAGAGCAGGGAGGUUAUUUACAUGAUUUUUUUAAAGAAGUGCAUCGUUGUAUUGUGUGAAUCAAUGUAGGUUUUGUUAUUAUUAUUUAUAUGGCUGAAAAACCUCCAUCGCAGGUUUUAAAUGGGAAAUGUAUUUGUAAUAUUCUCCUGAGGAUAACUGCUGCUGAAUGUGAUGACUUUAGAAACCACACCUCUGCCAGAAGACUCUGUAAACACACUGUUUUCACUUGA